GUGCCCAAAUCCGGCUGGGAAUACGAUAGGCAUCCGAUAAAUGUCCGCUUCAUCCGAUACAUGCCCGACGCGUUCGAGGAUUCAGGCUGAGGCACGAGAUUGCUUGGCGGGCCGGGAAGGGCCUCAGCGCGCUUCCACCUCAAGCGCUGCAAUUCGACCACCUGCAUCACCUCAAGCCACCGACAGCGUGUGGUCUCUCUCAUUAUCGACCACCUCGCCAUGUCGAGUCUUGGACCAACAGGACAUUAGAUCUCAGCAUCCAUGCGGAGAAGAAGAUGUUGGGUGUUUCGGCCCAAUGUAGCCAUACACGGUGGUAUUCCGCCCACUGCCUCACCAACUCAUAUCCGGCCGCCAAUCAUGAAGCGCAAUUGGGCGCCACUGAUGUGAAAUUUUCACCAUCGACUCUUUCCCCCCAUCGUGAGCAUGCUUUCCUUUCAACAACUUCGAAGCUCUUUCCACUAGUCAUGACGAUGGCAGUCCCUCUUGCCUUCGUCUCGUACACCGAGGGUCACACCCUCAUCCUGUCCCGUCGCGUGCCUGAAUGGUGGGAGAGCUGCCGUGAACGCGACGCGGAAUGCUCUAGCAACCAUCGCAAUCUCAUCCGGAAGAAUAUCAAGCUACCUCCAUCGCACACACAUCCACAUACAAUACCGAGUACUGCAUAUAUCUUCAACACCACCUAGACUUAUGACCAUCUUCACGCUCGUGCAUGAUGGCAUCGUCAUCACCCCUUGAGCCCAGAA